AUGGCCAUGAAUAGGUUCUUUGGCACUAGCAAGCCCAAACCAAAAGUAACUUUGAACGAUGCUAUCUCCUCGACUGAUGGCCGUGUUGACUCGGUGGAGGUCAAGAUGAGGAAAUUGGAUGCUGAAUUGAUCAAGUACAAGGAACAAAUGUCCAAAAUGAGAGAGGGACCUGCAAAGAAUGCCGUCAAACAGAAAGCAUUGAGGAUACUAAAACAAAAGAAAAUGUAUGAAGGCCAACGUGAUCAGCUCAUGAAUCAAUCUUUCAAUAUGGAACAAGCGAAUAUGGCCACGGAGAAUCUCAAGAAUACACUGGUGACAGUGGACGCCAUGAAGGUCGCAAACAAGGAAUUGAAGAAUCAAUACAAGAAGAUAAAUAUUGACAAAGUCGAGCGAAUACAAGACGAUAUGGAAGACUUGUUGGAUCAAGCCAACGAAGUGCAAGAAGCUCUAGGAAGGACAUAUGGUCUACCUGAUGAUCUCGAUGAGGCUGAUUUAGAAGCAGAAUUGGAUGCAUUGGGAGAUGAGCUGGCUGUAGAAGAAGAGGGAGAACCUAGUUAUUUACAAGAAGCCACUGCAGAACCAGAACUACCAAAUGUUGGAUCCACCAAGCUGCCGUCUAGUAAUAGUAAAGUUGACGAGUUUGGUCUCCCGGAGCCGCCAAUUAAAUUAACAUCAUAA